AUGCAUAAUACUCAGGAACGAGUUGUUAACGGCUGGGGAGGGAGCCAUAGUGCUGCAGCAUCUGCUGGAGCCAUUGACCUGCAGCAGCAGCAACGGCAGCAGCAGCGGCAGCAGCGGCGACAGCAGCAGCAGCAACAACAGAAGGAGCAAUUGGAAUUAGAGAGACUACUAGAGGAGACCCCAACGGGUUUGGCAAUGCUGCGCUGCAGAUCUCGGCUUAUGUGGUCAAAAAGCCUAGAUGAAACACAGCAGCAGCAGCAGCAGCGGCAGCAGCAGCAGCUGGAGCAGCAGCAGCAGCAGCUGGAGCAACAGCAGCAGCGGCAGCAGCGGGAGCGCCACAGACACACGGAUCUUCCGAGGAGCGACAGCCCCACUUCUUAUGACAUAUUACUGCAGCAAGUGCAGCAAAAUGAAUUAAAGAAGAAGCUGCAGCAGCACGACGACCGCCAGCUGCCACAACUGCCACAGCAGCAGCAGCAGCAACAGCAGCAACAGCAGCUGCUGCAGCAGCGAGGAGGGAGUGGGUCUGUGUUAGCACAGACAUUGGAGCAGAGUGAAACAGCCUUAGGCGCAAUGCGCAGCCAGUCGCGCCUCUUCUGGUCAUCAAGUCUUGAGCAGCAGCAGCAGGAGCAGCAACAGCAGCAACAGCAGCAACAGCAGAAACAGCAGCAGAAGAAGAAGCAGUACAGAAGCAGAAGCAGCAUCAUAGGGGGGGAGUUGAAUCAUCACCGCUAUUUUGCUGCAGCAAAUUCUACCGAGUCCUUUGGCUCUCUCCCCUCACUGCAGCAGCAGCAGCAGCAGCAGCAGCAACCGAAGCAGCGGCAGCAGCAGCAGCGGGAGCAGAUGCUUAGACACUACGAGGCAGCUGCUGCAAGAGCAGCAGUUGCAGCUGCAAGAGCAGCUGCUGCAGCUGUCUUUAUAGUAGGAAGAAAGAUGUAA